GAAGGGAAGGAGGAGUAUUUAAGCGACAGACAGUAUUUUCUACCAGAAUAGCAUAUUCCACAGCAGCAUGGACGAGAACCUUGAAGAUGCAACCUGCAGCAACAUCAGAUCAAUCGCCAAGGAUCUGACCAACUUGGUGACUUGGGCGCACACUCAUGGGACGAUAUGCAAUCAAAUCCCAGCCUUGGAAAUUGUACAGGGCAUGGACCGUCCCACCAGGGACAAUUCUGUUCUAUGGAUAUGUGUAACUGGACAUGCCUAUCACUGGCGCUGCGGCGGGGCGCUGUACUUCAGAAGCGGGGAGGAAAGCAUGGAACAGAAGAAGAGGCCCCGAACCUCUGAUUCCUGCUCAGCGGAGCAUAAUUUAAGCGAAAAGAGAUACAGGGUAAGCUCACUGAAAGCCGAUUCUGAGAGCACAGGAUGCCACAGCAGAUCUCCAGGGAUAGCUCCAAAGGCCGAAGCCAACACGUGCUUCAUAGCAUGCGAUAUAGCAGUGCCACCAGAAAACCAGAGUGGACUUAUUCCUCUGAAAGGCAGCAGCUCCACAAGACCGUGCUGCACCGCAGAGCAGAACAUGCUACUAACGGCUAGUCGUGCCACAACCGACCGAGCUACUGGGCCAACGAAAAGCAUGGAGGACCUGCAAGACAUCUCUGAUGAGGAACAGUUUGAAGCAGAGGAAGGACCCAAAAUAAACCGGAAUAUUCUUUCAGACUCACAGAAUAAAGAAGCCUUGGCUGAGUAUGAACUGCAAGUGCAAGGCGAUAGGAACAGGGGGACUAGCCAAGAUACGGCCACCCAGACAUCUAUUUCUGUCUACAAAGGGAAGGCUGUGACGACCCCCUUUUUACAAGAGAUUUUAGAACGCAGCAGUCCAGAGAGCCUGGAAAACCACUGCUUGAAUUUAGUUGUUCCUCCUCCUGCUAAGUCCAGAAGCAAAACCUCUGGAGCAGGGAAUCCCUCUGAAUCAGCGGUGUCUAAAGAGCAGUUAACAGCAACUCCCGUCCCCAGCGUGGAAACCAGGGCCCUGUUUGAGCCCCCUGUAUUCAGAGCCUUCUACGACUCCGCACCGCCUGGCGUGGUCCACCAGCUGUGGCCUUCUGAGCACGCUACGUCGGGAACGGGGUUAGUCGGGAAUGUUGCCGAAACACCGGGCGAGGAAAGCAAACAGUCAGGAUCCCAGACCGCAGCAAGUGCUUUAGCCUCACCUACGCCAGGGAACGAGAGCGCCCAGGACGGCCUGCCUGCACCUUCAAACAAAAAGGUAGUGAGGAAGUCAGAGAGCAAGAGAAUCCGUAACAUCAGCGACAUAAAAAUGUUCAGAGACUGGCUGGCGUUACAUUACCCCUCUGAAAAGCGGGAGAUCUUCACGCUGCUGCCAGAAGCCCUCGAUAAUUACCUAGCCUCGUUCUACACUAACGUCAGGAAGCAGAACGGCGCCGAGUUCUCGGCCAGCUCCUUAUUCUUCUUCCAGAGCAGUAUAGAGAGGUACCUCAAGGAACACAAGUACGAGUAUAGCGUGGUGAAAGGCUUCGAAUUCGCAGCGUCUCAGGAAGCCUUAAAAGUGAAAGGCCAGCAACUAGCAGAAAAAGAGAGGGAGAGAGACUGGAGCAUCCUGGAAAACCUGACAGAUAGAGACGUCGAGGAUCUUCGCAAGAAAGGCAUACUCAGCCGAAUGCAUCCCGAAGGCUUCCUGCACUUAAUGCUCGUAAACAUCGUUAGAGGGUUUGGGGCAAACACGCACCAUCAGGCUCAGAAUGUGUGGUGGGGGCAGGUUUUACUGAAAAAGAACAAGGAGGGAUUAGAGUACUUGGAGUGGAAAGAGAAUCUGAAUGCAAAGGCAAAUCCAGAGGAGUCAGGUCCAUGCAUAUAUGCCAAGCCUGAUAACCCAGGCAGCUGUCCCGUCUGGGACUAUAAGGAGUACGCUAGGAGGAGGCCUUUGGAUAUGUUUCAUGAUCACGAUCCAUUUUACCUCUCUCCUAAACCUUUGUGCUCCAUAUGGGACCAAAUCUGGUACUGUAGAAAAUCGCUGACCAAAACCAAAAUGGAAAAAAUGAUGAAAGUUAUCAUCCAGCAAGUUAAAGGAUCUGAAAAGAGGUCCACCAAGUAAGAGGGUCAGUUGGAUUUCUGCAUCCCGAUUUUGGGAGAAGUUUUUUUUUUGGUCCGGUAGUUUUAGAAUCGUUUAACGUGGCAGCACUUAGUAUAGGUAGAGAGAGACAGCUCCUUUCCUCGGAGUUUGGCGUAAUGAUUUUAAAUUGGCUUUAAAAUUACCAUCACCUUCAUUUUCCGAUGAAGUGCAGGGCUUCCAUCAAUAGCAAGAAUGGAAUUAAUUAUUCAACGCACAAUGCAAGCAUGAAACAUAAUCCCAGAUUUAAACCAUUAAUGUUCUGCUGAAUUAUUAGCUCAGCGCCUCAGAGCGCUAAUGUUAAUGUUAACAGGGCCCAUAUUUGAAUAAUAUGGCUAAGAAUGACAGGUCUGUGCAGUUUAGGGAGGGCUGGAACUGACCCGAUUAUAAACUGUAUUUAGCAGCAGUCUUGUGUAACAUCUCCUUGUAUAAGGAAAAGCUAAGUAGGUGGAGUUGGCUUGGGGAAGUGAUGAAAUACCAUCAGUGGUUGCCAAAUACUAAUCUAUAGCUAUUCAGAGUGUUUUAAACAGUGUUCAAACUAGUUCUCUCUCUCUUUUCCUUUUCUAAGAGGGGGAAGGAAUCUUAGCUUUACUUCGUUCUGUGUUUUAGGAAGUUACCAAAGUCAGCGCAAUGUUUUCUAACAAAGCUAUUUCCUUCAGUAUUGCAGUUCUUGUUUUAGGAGAGUAUAGCCAAUGCUUUGAUGUAUUCAGAGUUCUUCAAUGUCUGUAUUUUCUUAAAGUCCGGUUACAACUGUUGGAUCGCUGGCAUCUCUUAAUAAAUUCAGUUUGACUUCAUCAGCGUCGGUCUGCCCAGAGAAGGCGAAAUCAGUAGCCCAGAGCUGGCAAUCAGGUGGACCAAAAGACUCGCCUGUUCACUCCCACUGCUCCCAUCACAUUUCCACUAGGAUGAUCAGCCACAGACUUUUCUUCACGUGGGUCCCAUUUGCACUGCAGAGCAGAUCAUGCA